AUGAUAGUAAAAAAGAAAUGGGAAAUAAAUAGAAAAGAGCUUCGAGAAUCUGAACGAAGUAAUCGGGAGUUGGCAGUAAAACUUGAAGAAAGUGCAAAAAAUGCAUAUUUAGCCGAACAGCAGCUGAUACGAGCACUUGAAAUUUUUAAAAAUCAAUUAGCUUAUCAGGGUAGUAAAAUACGGGAAUUGACCGACGCGUUACGGGAAAGAACAGAAAAUAUAUCUGAAUUGGUAACACAGGCUCGAGCUGGUAGUUGUUGUUUUACCGAUACAACUUGUACACACAACGAUCGCAUAAUUUCGAAGCCUUCUGUACAUCUGAUGCGGGUGUCGUCGAUUUCGGGCACUCAGAUACGCUCCGAAAGACCUCUGAAGCCGGGUCUGGUACGCAGUAUCUCUGUAACCUAUCCGGGUGGGAAACCGAAUGUUAUUGUUCAAAAAUAUCAUUAUAAUCCAAACAGCCCACGUUCACGACAUUUGCCGUCAUUAUAUUCGACAUGUCAAGGUCCGCUAUGUAACGGAAGCACAAGUCUUGACAAAUCGACAAGCAGUUCUGGAAGUUCCAAAAAUGAUCAAUCAGUUUUAUCGCAGUCGAUACGGGAAAAUGAGUAA